AUGUAUUGGGAGGCAUUGAACGGCAUUGCACGAGUAAACUGCAUGUUUGUAUUGUGAGUAAUUUGCAUAAGGAACUUCGCUUCCGCUUUAAUUCUCUAUUAAUUUGUACACAUUUAUGCAUUUUUAUGCAUUCAACAUGCCAUAAGGUUUCUUCUUUCAGUUUUAUGACAUAAAUAAUACACUAAUCGUAUAAUUUCAUAUCUCUCCUUUCAUGUUGAGCCACAAGGUUUCAGAGUCGAUGUUUUGGUUGCGAGACGAUCGACUCGCUGCUUUAGUUUCUUCCCAUUUUCGACUUAAUCAUCUCGACGAAGUUUGUUUUCGGAUUUGCCCUGUGGACGAAGUUGUAUGUAGGCAAUCGACAAUGGGUUCUACCUUGAUCACCGUAAUCAAUUAUUCUGGAGCUGUUAUUUUAGUCCUGGCUGUGUUGGAGAAUCUGCUGGUGAUGGUGGUGUUAGCAGCAACCAGCCAUCUCCGCAUCAAGUACUUCGCCUUCGUCUUCAGUCUCGCCCUGGCCGACCUGGCGUUUUCUGUGAUGGCAAUUGUCUAUGCCCUAAACAGGGCACGAUUCCUUUCUGCCCUUCUUCAGUCGAGUUUCUUCGUUUCCGUGCUGAUGAUUUUAGCAGUGGCUGUGAACCGCUACCUGGCACUGACUAUCACGCCGCCCUCUCGCUAUGACGCGUUGGUGACGCGAUGCCGCCUGGUAGUGGUUUGCCUUCUCCUUUGGUGUUUCUCCCUCGCACUUCACUUGCCGGUAAUCUUGGUGGCAUCUGACGAGGUUCGCUUGAUUCUAUCAGCGUGGUCUAGAUCUAUGUUAGUACUCGCUGUGUGGAUCGUGACCGCUGUGCUGUACCGCUUCGUCUUCAGAAAGAUCAAGAGCUACGUUCCCCCGCUUGCAUCAAGCCCAGGUCUCUCCAUCCCUGAUGACUCGGAACAGGCCGCUACUCGUGUUCGUCAGACCCGUCGCCUGUUGGUCACUUUCUCCAUCAUUCUUGUGACAUCAUUCAUUUGUUGGAUCCCUUUCAACGUCGGCCAGAUAAUGGAGUAUUUCAUCAAAACUGGUCAGAGCACAAUCUCCGACGAUACCUUCAAUAACUACAACUGGGUUUGCGGUUUUAUUUAUUGUCUGUCUCCAGCUAUCAACCCGCUAAUCUACUGGUGGCGUUUGGAUGGUUUCAGGCAGGGCUUCAAAGAACUGUUCUGUCGCUGUCUGCUUCAGAAUCAAGAACAACUUGUGGAAACGGUUGAUGGUAACGAAAACCAGCAAAAUACCGAAUCCACGCAUUGGAUAAAAAAUGACAACAAAUAGUUUGUCGAGUGUUGCCUGACUCGCCUCAUAAUUUGGUUAUUUUUCUUCAUAUAAUGUUUCAAUUCUAUCACCAUUUGAUUUCCGCCGGUAUCUUGCUGAAGUUCGUAGUCGUGUAUAUAUACAUGUUUAUGUUUGCGCACAUAAUUUCUAUCAACAUCUACAAAGAAAUAUCAGUGACAAUCAUUUUGCCCACACGAGGAAUCGAUUUUGGUUCCCUCAAAUAUGCUCCUCUUUUUUGAACGAAGCUCGUGCAAAUUCCUGUUUAAACACAAAGUCCUCUAUCGCAAAAAAAGUCAAAGCUGUGGAGUUAAGUCAACAAUAAGUUUUAAUUCGUCUAACAUUACACGCAGUAGUUUAGUUUUGGGAGAGGUGUUCUCGGAUGCAGUCUUGGCGUUCCAUACGUCGCCCGCCGACUUUCAUAUUAAAGUCACACGCCAACGUUCAAAGGUAGCAAGAGCUGACUUGCAAAACGUCACCAACUUUGCAAAUGUCAUCGCUUUUGCAGUGUGCGGCUGAUGUAUGGUAUGGUGUACUAUUGACGACACUCUGCGACGGCAUGAUGGCUCCGUUGCGUCGUGCCGUCGCGUCUUCAUUGCUUUUGUACACAGUCUGCUGUCACGUCGUCCUUCCCAUCUUGUUGUGUGUAAACGUCGCUCCUUCAGUUGCCGGCCGCGUCACACCGUCGUAUGUCGCGUCGGUUCAAAUGCGUGACAUCGCGUUGCUGAAUGAGAACCUGUUCCGGACGCUGAUUUAGGGCGCAAUUCAAAAUAUGACUGGGCAACUUUUGAAUUCAUCUGAGCAUAUUAAUUUGUAAUAAACUUUAAUUCAUUGUUUUCAUUUGCAAGUUCCAAAAAUGACGAGUUUACCUCGCUUUCAAUUUAAUAUGGCCGACUUGUGAGUAACGGUCUUAGCCUGUCUUUCGUAACUUUUCAACUUAAUUCCAGAUUUAAGGAGUAGAUUUACGAACAGUACAAAAUCCUUUCAUUCCUGCGAUUUUCUAGAUUAUAAUGUUAGGCUGUAACAAUAUACCCGUUUAUAUUCCUUUGAACUUUCUGCCAUAUCGGUUCGAGUGAAGUGAGUAUUUAAAACUUUCAAAAUGGGUAACUAGUUUCAGUGGCGCAACCAAGAUUUGGCUUGGGGGGCUCACAAU